AUGGCCAAUCUCAGCAAAAUCUAUUUAUCCCAGAACAAGUUGGAUUUCGUGAAAGAGAUGACGGAGACAGUAUACGCGCGCCGAGAAAGAAUAUUUGGGAAAGAUCAUCCUAACACUGUUGUAGCGCUGGAGACUUUGAGGAAAUUGUCAUACAGAGCCGGAUUAGAGGGCUCAGCUCGCGUCGACUCAUUGGAGGACCAACUGGAGACUGAAAGGACGGAGAUCAUGGGAGGAUAG